AAUCCAAUAUUGUUAAUAUUCUAAAAAAGAGCUCAAAGAAUGUUUAGAAUCUAAUAUUUGUGUGACAGCAGCUUUGCAAAAUUUGAAAGUUUGAUUCCAGCAAUUUACCUGAAUGUAAGAUUAUAACAAGUCGAUACUACGAAUAUCGCUGCGAACAUGGAAAUUUGUCGCAUCUGUAUGCAAGAAGACGAUGGAAAACUCGUUUCAAUAUUUUCUAAAUUGGAUAGUGACCUUAUUGCCGACAUAAUUACUAGCUGUUGUUCAGUACAGUUAACGCAGAACGAUGGUUUACCAGAUCUCAUUUGUUAUACCUGCGUGCAAGAUGUGAAACUGAUUGCAGCAUUCAUCGCCAAAGUGCAAGAAUCUGAUUGUAAACUGCGUCAGCUUAGUACUUCUAAUAGCGAAAUAAAAUCAGCUUUCGAAAUGGUGGUAGUAAAGGCCGAAUCAACUGACGAAAAUCAAAGCAGUGACGACGAAUUUGCUAGCGACAUCGUUGAAUGUAAGCUUGAUUCGACCCAUGACGAUGACCAGCAAGCACAUGAAUCCUUGAACAUUUAUAAAACACGAAAGCUCAAAGUAGUAAGGAAAGCAAAAGCAGAGUUGAGUGAUGCGUCCGAAGAUGAGAGUAAAAUUUUACCGGAAGAAAAAGAGUUACAGAUGUUUACAGUGGUAAAUCUGCCUCCGAAUAGUUUUAUAUGCUGUAGUUGUUAUCAAUCCUUCGAUAGCGAGAAAACAUUGGAGUCCCAUGUGAAUAUCCAUAAAAAAUUUGCUGUUAAAAACAGGGAUUGCAUCUACUGUACGGUAUGUAAACGUAAGUUUAAGAAAUCAACUGCUCUUAAAAGACAUUUGAAAAAUGUUAGUGAAAUAACACAACUUUAUGAGUGUAUCAAAUGUAAUAUGCGCUUCAUGAAUCGAACCGGCACAAGAUUGCAUAGUCAGAAACAUACAGAAGAGAAAACGCUACCUAAGGAAACUCUCUGCUGCGUACAGAACUGUUCAAAAUCGUUUGACUCGGAGGAGUUACUAAUCCAACACGGACAUGACGCCCAUAGAUUAAACAAACGUGCUUACGAGUUAGGUGACACGGCUUCAAAACCGGUGGAGUGUCCAGUUUGCUUCAAACGAUUCCCGUCCGAAAAAUUGCUGCGUCGCCAUCGGAAGCGCAAUUCACGACCGCUCAAUCAUCAGUGCGCUUCAUGCGGACUUAAGUUUCGUACAAAAGACGUUCUAGCCCUUCAUGAGCUAAAUCAUGAAAACCAAAAACCAUUCCAGUGCAGUGAUUGCAACAAAUAUUUCUCCAGUAAAAAUUCACUAAAAGUUCACCAAAGAUGCCACUCAAACGAAAGACCUUUCGUCUGCAUUGUAUGUGACGCUGGAUUCUUUCAGAAGGCUCAACUCACUAUUCACGAGCAUAUUCAUACUGACGCACCAUUGCCAUUUCAGUGCGAAGUUUGUGAUAAGUCAUUCAAGAUGAAAAAUUACCUCGUGAAUCACAUGCGGCAGCACACCGGUGAGAAACCCUAUCCAUGCCGACAUUGUCCGAGGUCGUUCUCAAACCAUACCAACCGCCAAAGACACGAAAUGAAUCACACAGGGAAUAAGCCGUUCAAGUGCAGUUAUUGUGAUAAAACUUUUACCAUCAAGCGACUACAGCUGGAGCAUGAGUGUAAACAUACAGGAAUCAAGCCGUACAAAUGUAGUUAUUGUGAUAAGACUUUCAUCCGAAAAAGUUUUCAACUGGAUCACGAAGCUACCCACACUGGUAUUAAGCCACACCGUUGUGCGCAAUGCAAUCGUACAUUUACUCAAAAGACAGCUCUUCGCCGUCAUCUUCAGUCACAUCAAGCAGAACCGGAGAAUCACAUCCUCACAGCUGCUUCGUCGACUACUUCAACUGAACCGAUUCCCCAAAUCACGGGCAUUGCAGUGCUUUCUACACCAGUUGCAUCUUCGUAGCCAUCAUCAACGAAAGUUACAGAGAUGACGAAGACAACCCAUUGUUUUAACACAUGAUGUUUUCUUAUAUAAGGAUAUUAAAUCCAUAUUGGUGAAUCCAUAAUUUGGCAAUUUAUGGCAUGUAAUAGUAACAAUAAUGUUUUAUCAUUUACACAUUACUGUACCCAAAAUUGAUAGAAGAAACAUUGCGCUUUCCGCUACUAUGCUAUGUAAUAAGCGCAGCGUUCAUGUACAUUUAAGUAUUUAAUAAUUUGUCGUAAUCCUUAUUAAAAAUAAAUAAGAUGAAACUACCUUAA